GUCGGAAAGAAUAUGAAGCAAGUACCAGAGAGAAAAAGAGAAAUCAUUUCGACAUUGUUGAACCUAGGGUUAGGGUUUCCAGAGAUCGAUGGCGACAAGUGCACAAGAGCAAGGCACUGCCGCGAAAUCAGGACUGAGAAAGCCUGUGUUCGUUAAGAUCGACAGUCUCAAGCCGGGGACGAACGGCCACACACUCAUCGUCAAGGUUGUGGAUUCCAACACUGUACUCCAGAAGGGCCGCUCGGUGUCUCAGCACCUUCGCAACACGCGCAUCGCCGAAUGUCUUGUUGGGGACGAGACCGGCGUGAUCGUAUUCACUGCUCGCAACGAGCAAGUUGAUUUGAUGAAACCCAGUACAACUAUAAUCCUCCGAAAUGCAAAGAUCGACAUGUUCAAGGGAUCCAUGAGGCUAGCUGUGGACAAAUGGGGCCGUGUUGAAGUUACUGAACCUGCCACAUUUGAAGUCAAAGAGGAUAAUAAUCUAUCACUUGUUGAGUAUGAACUGGUGAAUGUUGUCGAAGAGUGAUCAGGAUCUUUUGGUUGCCGACAAAAUGAUGUGAAGAAGCAUAAAAGUUUAAUAGCCAUGAUGGAUGAUUAUUAUGUAGUUAUCUUUUAGUAUUAGUAGUGCUGGCUGGGAAAUGUAAGUACUUGUUGGUUAAGGAAGUGUUUAAACUAGAAAGGAACAUGAAAAUAUUAGUAUAAUAGGGAUCGUUUAGCUUGGCAUUUCGUUCUUAUCUUGCGGAGUGCAGUGGUUGAAAAGACCCUAUCCUUGUUCUUGGGUGGAACUCAAAACAGUGGUAAUAGCUUUAGUAACACUCAUUUGCAGUGUUCUUGUGGAUAUUCCCUUUUGUAUUUAUCUUCAUAAAAAUAAGUUGAU